AAUGGAAAUACCUCUUGAACGAGACAGAUUGUAAAAUUUGUCGAAAGUUUAUCACGUAAGUGAAAAAAAAAAAAAAAAACGCACAUGCGCACAGGAUUCUACGUCCAAUGUUAAAAAUCGAAUAGAUAAGGUUAGAGAGAAUAGGUUAGGUUUCUCACUGCAUUUUGGGAAUUAAUAAACAAUCGGGCGCAAUGGCUGUUAAUAAACAUUACGGUCUACUUUUGCCGAAGAAGCAGCAACAGAAGACGACACCGAAGCUCGGUAAUGUUUUUGGAGAUGACAAUGUCUCUGAUGAGGAGGAUGGCACCGAUUGGGUCAGGAAAGCUCUCAGGGCGGAAAGUGAAAAGAAUAAAAUAAAAAAGCAGACGAAACUUGAUAUACAAAGAGCUCUAAAUGAGGAUCCGACAAUUUAUCAAUAUGAUGAAGUUUAUGACAACAUGGAGCGGAGUAAAAGUCAAUCGGAUGUCAGCAAGGAAAAGGAGAAAAAACCUAGGUAUAUACAGAAGCUCCUAAAAACGGCUGAACGAAGAAAGAAGGAACAGGAGCAUAGAAUAGAGAGAAUGGUACAAAAGGAACGCGAAGCAGAAGGUGAGAUGUACGCGGAUAAGGAGAGCUUCGUCACGUCAGCGUAUAAAGCAAAGUUAGAAGAAUUUAAAAAAAUGGAGGAAGAGGAAGCCAGAAUGAGUAGAUUGGAAGCUAUUGGAGAUGUGACAAAACAGCAAGAUAUAUCAGGUUUUUAUCGUCAUCUAUAUGAGCAAACUGUUGAUUAUAAAAGUGAGACUAAUGAAGAUAAAAACAAUAAGAUCGAGGAAAGGAAUACUGAGCAAAAGGAAGAAAAAAAUUCAACAAAUAGCACAAAUGAAAAAAGAGAAAAUACUACAUCGGAUAAGAUAGUAAAUGCAACAGAUGAAAUAUCAAAAACAAUUGUAAAAUCUAAAAAAUCAAGGCAAUAUAGACAAAGGGCAAUAGAAACAUAUGAAUCUGAUUCUGAAACUGAAACAAGUAAAGAAGAAUCAAAAGAUCAGAAUAUUGUUUCAUCAAUGAAUAAAGACACUGAUAAAUUAGAGAUACAUGAACCGAAAGAAAAGAAACAAAAAUUAGAUAAAAAUAAUGUAAACACAGAUGAAAAUAUCAUGGAUGUUAAAAAUAAAGAUUCAAAUAUAAAGGAUCUAAAAAUACCUCAAGAUAGCAAGAAAAUUGAUUCAGAAGAUGAAGUUGAAAAGAAACCUGUUGAAAAAAAGGAUAGAUCUUCCAUCUGGAUAAAAAGAACAGUAGGUCCACUAUUUGAAGAAGCAUUACAAAGAUAUUAUGCACGGAAAGCAAAGAGACUGACUGUUGUGAAUUAAACUAAUUAAUUUAUA